UCUCUAACCUCACUUCUCUCUCCUCUCUUUCUCUCUCUAGCCUCUCUCUCAAAUCUGGGUUUUCUUUUUCACGUCAUAGGGAUCGAUGCUCACGAAUUUCUAGAUAUCGCAUCCCACUUUUAUUACGUACAGAAAAAAAAGUAGGUAUUAAUUCAAUUUAAUCCGACGCCGUUCCGAUUGUUCAAACCAAAUUGCACACUUCGAUUUUCAUCACUCCGCUGUACGGCGUUCGUCGUACAUUUCUCUCGCGAUUUAAUUGGAUCGAUUCUGAGAUGGAUUUUGUUUCUUGCUGUUGAAGAUUUCGAUUUUCCCGGGCGAAAAAAGCAGAGAUUUUUUUUUAAUUUUAAAAAAAAAAAAAAAAAAAUGGCGAAUUCACAUCCGCCGUCGGAUUUCAGGGUGAACCGCGUGAAAUUGAUGAGGGUGGUGUUGGUUUUAGUUUGCUUGAUUUUGAUUUGUUAUGUAGAGAGGCAUUCCAGAAAAUACUCAACUGCAUUGGCUGUUAUUUGCCCUCCUUGUUCUUGUGAUUGCAGUUCAGAGCCUUCUCUUUCUUUGCCUUUAGACUUCAUCAAUAGCUCCUUUGCAGAUUGUGGGAAAGACGACCCGGAAAUAAACAAGGAAAUGAAGAAGGACAUUGUAGCUCUAUUAACGGAAGAACUUAGCUUACACGAAAACGUGACAAACGACAGCUUGCAAAGGACAAAGGCACUAAUUAUGUCUGCAAAGAGAACAUCGUCUCACUAUCAGAAAGAAGCAGAGAAAUGUAACACGGGAGUCGAAACUUGCGAAGAAGCAAGAGAAAGGGCUGAAGUUAAACUCAGACAAGAACGAAAGCUUACUGCCCUUUGGAUGAAUCGAGCUCAUCAAUUUGGUUGGAAAGACGAAACAAACGACUUUUUAUGAAAGUAUUCUGCUGUUCUUAGUAUAGUAAUAUACCUAUUCUUUUCUUCUUUUUAAAAAAACAAUAUUCAUAAGCUUGUGUAUAGUUCUUGUCGAUAUAUGGCUUCCAUUCUUUUGUGAUUUACGCUCGGUUACGUUUCAUUUUUAGAGGUUUUUUUUGGAUUCAUUGGAAGCAGAACUCUGUUUUGACAGUUUAAAGAUUUGGAAUUAGAGAGUAUUUAGAUGAUGCCUUUUGAUUAUGAAAUUAAAUUUCUUUCAAGUGUGA